AUGAAGAAACUGAGGCUUAAGGAACUCGAGAGUCGCCUGCAACAGGUAGAUGAGUUCGAAAAGCCCAAACUACUUUUAGAACAGUAUCCGACCAGGCCACACAUUGCAGCAUGUAUGCUCUAUACAAUCCAUAACACAUACGAUGACAUUGAAAAUAAAGUGGUUGCAGAUCUAGGAUGUGGUUGUGGAGUGCUUAGCAUCGGAGCUGCAAUGUUAGGAGCAGGGUUGUGUAUUGGAUUUGACAUAGAUGAAGAUGCAUUGGAAAUAUUUAACAGGAAUGUAGAAGAGUUUGAGUUAACAAAUGUUGACAAGGUUCAAUGUGAUGUUUGUUCAUUAUCUAACAAAAUGACCAAGUCAUUUGAUACAGUAAUUAUGAACCCUCCCUUUGGGACCAAGAAU